GUACUAAUAUUUAGCAAAAUCUUUUUGACACAAGUAUCCGUGCUUCUAGUUACAGAGUGUGAGUACUUUUGCCACCUCUUGUUAUUUGUAUAGUGUACAGUAACGCAGGUCCGAAGAGAAUCGUUCUCGCGUCAGCGGUACCUAAUGAAGUGUCCGCUGGUGGUGAGCGUCCCUGCAUCUCCGCCGUGCCGGAGACACAGCACACACAGCUCCGCCUCGCUUAAGGAUGCUGUUGACGAGCCGUUUCAUUAAUGUCAGAGAAGAGAUACGGAGGAUGCUUUUCUGAAGGGAUAUUUGCUUCGAUGCCGCCUAUUUCUUUAUUUCGUGUUCCGUUUAUGAAAUCGUUUUUUGUUUGUUUUUAAAUUACACAACACCGUCCACCGUUCUGCUAUUACGUCCCCUCUCGCUCUCGGUCGCUAUCCGCUGUUGUUUUCCUACCUCGGCUAUGCACUUGGUGUCAACGACUCCUCCUCCGCCGUCGUCCCGCAACCUCGUGCCGGGCUCGGCCGCCCACUGACGCCGAGGCAGGAUGGUGCGCAUCGCCAGCGCCCUGGGGCUCGUCAUGUUCAGCGUGGCGCUGCUCAUCUUGUCCCUCAUCAGCUACGUGUCCAUAAAGAAGGACUUCCUCCUCGGAACCCCCAGAUAUGGACCGAACGGCGGACCGAGGAUGUACAUGUUCCAUACGGGGUAUCGCGAAAGGCCACCUCGCAAACCUGACCUCAGCUCCCAGUUGGCACUGAAGUAUCUGGAUCCAGUUUUCAUGCCAUUGACCAAUGCUCUUAGUGAGGACCUGAAGAAUUCCUCUAAAUGGAGGUACAACAGCACAGCUUUUAUCCAACAGAGGAAGGAAAUCUCUCAGCACAUCGACAUUCCUCACAACUUCACAUUAACGCGCAGCUUAGUCCGCAUUGGCCAGCUGAUGCAUUACGCAUAUUCCAGCCACAAGUACGUCUACUCCAUCGGCGAGAACUUCCGCUCACUCCUCCCCGAGGUCUCGCCGAUUCUUAACAAGCACUACAAUGUCUGCGCCGUUGUCGGCAACAGUGGCAUCCUCACCGGCUCACGUUGUGGUGACCAGAUUGAGAAGUUUGACUUUGUCUUCCGCUGCAACUUUGCACCGACAGAGAUCUUUAAAAGAGAUGUUGGGCGCCGCACAAACAUGACAACCUUUAACCCGAGUAUCUUAGAGAAAUACUAUAACAACCUAUUGACGGUGCAGGACAGGAAUAACUUCUUCCUGAGUUUAAAGAAGCUGGAUGGUGCAAUUCUUUGGAUUCCAGCAUUCUUCUUCCACACUUCAGCUACAGUGACCAGGACACUGGUGGACUUCUUUGUGGAACAUCGCGGUCAGCUGAAGGUCAAGCUGGCCUGGCCUGGAAACAUCAUGCAGUACAUAAACAACUACUGGAAAACCAAACAGCUGUCGCCAAAGCGUCUGAGCACUGGCAUCCUGAUGUACACCCUGGCGUCUUCUAUGUGUGACCAGAUCCACCUGUACGGCUUCUGGCCAUUCGGCUGGGACCCCAACACGGGGAAGGAGCUGCCUUAUCACUACUACGACAAGAAGGGCACCAAGUUCACCACCAAAUGGCAGGAGGCCCAUCAGUUGCCUGCUGAGUUCAAACUCCUCUACAAGAUGCACACAGAGGGAUUGCUGAAGCUCAGCCUCUCCCACUGCGCUUAGAUAUGAAACUGCAGGAGGUAGUUCAAUUGUCUCAGCAGAGCUUCCACAGGCCAGAGUCACAAAAAGGACCAGCCAGACGAGGACUGACAAAUGUGGUUUUCACAACAGCACGAUCUUGGCAAGUAGGUGCAAUGGACUCAAGAUUACAGAGUCUAUCACUAUCAAGCUGUGUUGGGCCUGCACCGAAGCUGUAGAAACAAGGACUCUGUUCAUUUUUUUUUUUUUUUUGGUCAGUCAACACACUCUCUAGGUCAUGCUGCACUGUUCAGCAAAACAUCACAAGUGCGUUCCUUAAGGGUGUCAUUAUUAAUGAUUGCAACGUACAAACUAAGGCUACUUGAAUUAUUUGUCUUUCCACAAAAAAAAAAAAACAUGCAUAUUCUUUAGUCAAAACAUUUAUAGUCACACCUGGACCGUACAUAUCAUAUACUUGUGCGAUUACCUCCACCAAGCACAAAAGCUUGUGGAAAGAGGUACUCUAUGUGAUCACACUUUCUUGUUGGUUUGAUCGUAAGUUUGUGGAAAAUAACUGCAAAACUUACUUCUACUAACUCUGUAGAAGGUUGAUGCAUGGGCCAAGGGCAAGACCAUUAUUUUUUGGCAAGGAUGUGGCCACAGGAAUUAUCUGAAAGUAACUUGUUGUCCAUUGAAUCAUCCACCCCUCAGAAUCAUCCUCCGUGAACUAUGACGGAGCCUGAUCACCAACAAACACACGGACACACAAACAGUGAUAGGGCUUUUCAUGAUUUUUUUUUUUCAUUUGUUAACAGUUAGCUCUCUGCUCUCCCAUGUGUCAUUUUAGUUAAUAAUGCAGUGCCUGAAUGCCUUGAAGGGGAAGGGGACGACCGGGUGGUACCUCGUACAGUAAACCAGGGUCUUUGUAGGUAUGUUGCACAACAUGAGGAAACUUCUAUGGCAUCUGUUUUCUUAAAAUAUCAAAAAGUGUUGUAAAAGUACAGAAUGAUUUAAAAACUCAUCACAACGGUGUGUGUGUGUGUGCGCAAAUAUUAUGAAAACGUUAUAGACAUCCUGUCAAGAACAGUGGCCAAAAAGGCAACUGUACUGCAAUGUUUUCCCAUCAGAAAUUCAAGAUAUCUUUGGGAAGCCUUCAAUCACAACAUAGUAAAAUGCAAUUUUCUCUCACACCAAAACUGUGUCUUUAGUUGGGGUUAUGGUAUAGGAUCCAUCCAUCCAUCCAUUUUCAACACCGCUUAUCCUGGUUAGGAUCGCGGGGCGCUGGAGCCUAUCCCAGCGGACUACACCGUGAACUGGUUCCCAGUCAGUCGCAGGGCACAUAUAGACAUGGACAAAACAACCAACGAACACAAUCACUCCCAUUUGCAGUGUCCCUGAAUGCAACUCGCGCACGCAGGCUGCUGCAACGUGCCUGCCGAAUGUAAACAUGAAUGGCGGUUGCCAAGUACAGUGUUCAUCCCUGACAUAUGAAGGCUCGUAUCUAUGUGUCCAGAUGGGUUUUGCCCUGGAAGUCCCGAGCGAAACUUUACACUCUUGAAUGAAAAUCAACUUUCGUUUGAAAACCUUUCUUUGAUGCCAGAAUGAAGGCAUUCUCAAUUACAUUCAUCAUGCAGAAAUGAACUUAAUUCCCUUCACAAUCGCACAAAAUAUGAACUAGUUCAUGAACUUUUGUUCAUUGAACUCGUUCAGGUACAACACUGAAAUCCAGGAUGUCCCAAAAGUCAUGAUACACUACCAUUUUUCUAUUUCGUUUUAGGUAACCCUUCGGACAACCUUGAGGCCAUCAGCAUUUGAUAGCUUAGGCUUUGCAAUUUUUAGAAGCAUAUCAUUCCUUUGCCCAUGGCUCCCCAAUUGACAUUGGGGCAACAUUGCAGUGUUUCUGUCCCUGACUGCAGUUCAUUGCCAGCUUGGGAAGCUUUUUGGCCAUCACACCGCUCCAACAUGUCGUACAAUUUACGUAAUGAAUUCAGGUUGCUCAAAGGCUUUAAGUGAAAGAUUAUGAUGCUCAAAAUCCCGAACGUCCGUACGUGUAAGGCUUUAUUGCUCGCCAAAGCAUUCGCUGAGUUGAGAUUUUGUUAAUGCUGAGUUUCAGUUUGGUCUUCCAGAUAGGCUGGCUUUGCGCAAACGCCUGCUCUAUGGGAUUGGCGUUUUCAUUACAGCGGUGGUAGCAGGCCUUCCACUGCAUGGUUUGGAGAAACCUGCCAUGGAUAGCGCAAAUUACCAUAAAGCUUCUCAAACUGGCGCUCAACUGCAGUCAAGGAUGGGAGAACUUUUGCUCCGAUGUCAAAUGGUGAGUCACGGAUAAGAGAAUGAUAUGCUUACAAAACCUGCAGAGCCGAAGCUGUCAAAUGCUGAUGGCCGCAUGGCUGUCCACAUGAUACCUGAAACAAAAUAGAAAAAAAGGUAGUGUAUAGUGACUUUUGGGACAGCCUGUAUAUUUCGCAAAAUGACAAUUGGCAUAUAUUCUUCCAAGAACAGGCUAAAUAUACCGGUUGUGUUGAUUUAUUAAUGUCUCAAUAGACAUUCUUAGAAUUUAAGUGAUGUAAAUUAGCUUCAAAGUUUUCCUGGGAAUCACAGUUUAGGUACAUGAACUGUUAAGUUGGACAGAACCAAAAGGGAUGCACAAUUUUCUUUUGUUUUGACAAGUUUACUUUGCGAAACAACGACAUCACUAGUGCAUUCCAUGUUUCUUUCUGGAAAACAGCACAGUUUAAAACACAGCCAUCUCACUAGAAUUCCACUGGCAUGUAUGGCAUUUUAUUUUGUGUGCAGGAUUUAUCAGAACUACUAAGUAUAUGUCAUAUAUAUUAAAUGUGCCAUCAUAGCUGGGCAGCAUAGCUGGUCCGCUAUUACCAGAAAUAGUCUGCCAGUACCUUUUGUUGGAUGAAGUCUGUCUUUUUUUAAAUUUUUCUUUUUAUUUUUUUUGGAUCCGUUGUUCUGAUACAAAGCUUCAAAUUACAGUGGUGCCUUGAGAUAUGAGCGACCUAACUUGUGACUUUUUCGAAAUAUGAGCCGUCGUGGCGGCACGGUGGCCGAAUGGUUAGAGCGUCUGCCUCGCAGUUCUGCGGACCGGGGUUCAAUCAGGUCCGGUUUCCCCCCCGCAUCCCAAAACAUGCAUGGUAGGUUGAUUGAAGACUCUAAAUUGAAACAACAAGCAGCAGUUGAGCAGGUAGUGCACAAUUCUUCAAAAAAAGAGGCUAUCUUAACAAUGCAAAUUGCUCACACACAAUGCAAAAUGCCCUAGACAGGCUAACAAAUCGGGUCUAUGUGGUUGUGUUAUAACUCUUAAAGCAUUAGAUAUUUGAAAACAAACGGUGCAGCAACACAGGUAGACAGACAGCAUAACGGUAUUCACGGGCACAUAUUCUUUUAUCCUCUGCACCAAACAAAAACUAUUACUCUAGCUUACUGAGUCACUUCGACAAAUUUUAAACCUCGUCGUGGUUUGUGUCUACAUGACUGUAUUAUACUGCCCUCAGUUGGCCAAGUUGCACAUAUCAGAAGGAGCCACUAUGAAUUAAUCAUGAUGCACAAACUGUUUACCUUUUUACAUUUUAUUUUAUAAUGUUAUUACUAUGUGUUUUUUAUGUAUAGUACAAUAUCAUAGAGUGCUAUUUUCCUUCUUAAGAAGCACAUUUGUUUUUGGGGGGGAACUUGGAACAGAUGAAUGGGAUUCCCAUUCAUUUCAAAGGGGAAGAUGAUUUAGUGUUUUGAGUUAUGAGCAUGGUCACAAAUUAAACUUGUAUCUCAAGGAACCACUGUUCUUUAUUAAUAAAUCCCACACUGAUAAUCAAUAUACUUUCAACUUUCACACGACUGGGUUCUGGAUUGUUGUUCAGCUGUUACAUUAUUUUGGAAUUUCUGACCGACUGUAUCUAUUAGUUAUCUCUUGAGACUAUUUGUGUGCAUAUGUUGAAGCGCAUCAUCUUUUUAGAUUGUCGUGACGUGAUGCAAAACCUAGUAUUUAAGUAUUCAGUCAUUAAAUAUUGAUCGGCUGUUGGAUUUCAGUCUACACUGACACACAAAGAAAGCAGAGUUGUUGCAGGGUUUCUUUUUUUCUUCAUUGGUUUAAUUGUAAAACAUUCUCAUCAGUAGUUAGUAGUCCCCCACCCCUCCCCAAAAUAAAACAAAACAAUCGGUGAUCUAUUCUAUAAAUUACAAUCUAUUUGCAUCAUCAACUGUCUUAUUAACUCGCUAUGAGGACACCCCCAGCCCCUGUUGUUUGCAUUAGCAUAUUAAGGUUUUCACAAAUACCGUAUACUUCAGUUGUUGUAUGUUUUUGUGCGUGCUACUUUCAUGAUGUUUCUGAGUGCUAAAUGUGAUAUGUUAAAGGUUAUGUAUAGGUUCACCCCGGGUGGGUUGUCCGUCAUACCUGUACUGUUCCCUCAAAUUAAAUGCUCUAACAAGAUUUUAGUAUAUUAGUAACUCAACCAUUUUGUUGAGUAUUUGGUUGCACAAAGUUGCAUAAAUACAGUAAAGCCAAGGCAAGGGGUCCUCUAGUUUUGGAGAUAAAUUUGCAAUAGUUGUUCAAAAGACAAGAAUUGUUGUUGUCCUAUGCAUUACGGAGCCAAAGGUUAUUAGACAUACUUAGAGGGCACCUUAUCAUAUUUUUAAGACAGUUCGGACAAUCCUAUGCUUCCAAAUUUUAAGGGAACACGUUAUAGAAGGUCAUAUCCUGUUCCUGCAUGACAGUUCCACAGAGCGCAAAGGUCCCUAAGGGCAUGCUUGAAUGACUUUGGUGUGGAAGAACUUGACUGAGUCAACCAGAGACAUCAGCGCCCUCUGACCGACUGCUCUUCUGGAUGAAUAGACAACAGAAAUCCCACAAACACACUCCAAAAUCUUGUAGAAAGCCUUCGGGCGAAAGCUGCUGUAACUGCAAUGGGAUGAUCGACUCCAUCUUUUCUUCUAUUACUAUUAUAUAUAGCGAUAUAGUUAGAUAGAUGGAGGAGAAAAAUGCAGAAUGUCUCCUCUCUUCCUCCUGCUUUGCAACACAUCAUCUAUUGCAGAAUAUGCAGAAUAACUGGACAUGCAGGGAUAUGGACUAUCAUGUGCAAUCGACAGUAUAGCAGAAAAUAACACUUCUACUUCACAUUGUACUCUUAUCUCAUGUUGUGAACCAGCAUCACUCACAUAUUGAAUGUACCAAAAUGACUCAUUUUGCAGUCAUUUUCUGAUGUGUCUUGAUUUAUUUUUGCAAUGUGAUAAUUAGUUGAAAAGUCAAUUUGGGACUAUUUUGAUAAUCCAUGUCUAUUUUGCAGCUGUGUUUUUGCCUCUUAAUUUUUAGACGGCAACUUUUUUCCUAAAUAUCUCAAUAGUUGAGGUCAUUUUUUUUUCAUCAUUUAAUUGUGGUCAUUUAAUUUUUGCAAAUAUAUGUGGAAUUUCUUUACCAAUUUUUUGUUUGAUUUACUAUAAAACGUUAUUGUUGUGACACACAUAUAGGUACUGUAUAUAAAUGUUCAAUAAAACAUUUUAGGCACACA